ACAAACCUUAUGGGCAAUGGCUAUUGGGUUUUGUUAUUGUUAAAUAUUGUAAUAUUCAAUAUUGUAUAUUUUUUUUUUUUUAUGUCUUAAUCUUAUUUUUUCCAUAACAAAAAGUAAUAUUUAAUAGUAUUUAUUUUAUACUGCUUAUAAUUAAUUGCUUCAAGCAAAUAAUAAACAAUUUACCAAUAAAAACAUGGAAGUGAGUUACGAAAAUGAAGGAUAUGACAAUGAUUACCAGUCUAAAUCUAAAGGAAGUAUUUUGACUAGAAAGAACAACACUAUGCCAGUAUGGGGAAAUGAACGUACAAUGAACUUAAACACCCUAAUUUUAACUAAUAUUCAAUCAUCUCAUUAUUUUAAAGUAAAUUUAUAUGAAUUGAAAACGUACCAUGAAGUUAUUGAUGAAAUUUAUUAUAAAGUACAACAUCUUGAGCCAUGGGAAAAAGGUAGUCGUAAGACCUCUGGACAGACUGGAAUGUGUGGCGGUGUCAGAGGAGUUGGUGCCGGUGGAAUAGUAUCUACAGCGUUCUGUCUUCUGUAUAAACUGUUCACAUUGAAAUUGACUCGCAAGCAGGUAACUGGGCUAAUUACCCAUUGCGAUUCACCUUAUAUACGUGCUUUGGGUUUUAUGUACAUCAGGUAUACUCAGCCCCCUGGUGAUUUAUGGGAUUGGUAUGAAUCUUUCUUAGAUGACGAAGAGGAAAUGGACGUAAGAGCUGGAGGUGGUCAAACAAUGACAAUUGGCAAUAUAUUAAAGAGCUUUUUGUUCAAAUUAGAAUGGUAUUCAACACUGUUCCCUAGAAUCCCUGUUCCCAUUCAGCAACAAAUGGAAAAAAAAAUGAGUGAGAAGUAUCCUCCUGUAGUUGAAGAGACACCUAGAAGAAUUAAUAUACCUGAAAAGAAUUUCAGUAGGGAUCGAGAUGACCAUAGAAAUAGAGGAGACUUAUCUGACACUGCAAGGCCUCGAGAACGAAUUGAACGUAGAGAAAGAUCACAUAGAGAUUAUCGUGAUAGAGAUUAUGAACGCAAGCCUAGUAAUGCAAACUCUCGAGAAAGAUCACCUUAUGUAAGUCGAAGAGAUGAAUAUAAGAAAAGUUCUUCUAGAAGUCCAAAAUACGGCAGCAGUAAAAGAAGAGAUCGGGAUGAUUACAAGUCAAGAUCAAAAUACUGAUGAAGGAUUUAAAGUGUAAAAUGGAUAAAUUUUUUAAAUUUUUUCACUCCAUUAACAAAUUAAGAGAUUGAAAUUCUUAGUUUAAGUUGUACAUACAUACAUUAAUAAAUUACUCAAUUUCUGUAUUUUAAUUCAUUUAAAAAUAAAGAUAAUUAAUUUUCAAUAAUAAAAAAAAA